GAGGCACCACGAUGGCUUCGUAGUAGUGGGAAAGAAUACGAUUAUGAUGAAUUUAAUCAUGAAGUAAACAGUACCAGAAAAACAGGACUUUCGUCUUUGCAAUUGUACUGGGAUCAAUCAUAUGAUUUAAAGGAUCUUUCGCUUUUCCAACUAUACCUGCAUUACAAAUUUGUCAAAGUGAAAUGGGUUAAGUGUAAUAAAGACAAUAUUGUACAUAUAUGGCCCUGGGCUUUCUCUUUGCAAAAUGGUUCACAAUAG